GGCGCGCCCGCCGGAAGCCGCGCCCCCGACGCGACCCACCUGCUCGCGGCGCCGGAAGUGGUCGCGGCCGCGCUGGUUCUGGUCUGCGGGGCGCGCUCAGGCGCGGGCCGAGUGCAGCUGUGGACCCGCCGAAGGCUGGAGACCCCAUGGCGGAGGGCGGCGGCCCCGACGGCCGGGCCGGGCCGGGGCCCGCAGGUCCUAAUCUGAAGGAGUGGCUGAGGGAGCAGUUUUGUGACCAUCCGCUGGAGCACUGUGAGGACACCAGGCUCCAUGACGCAGCCUACGUGGGGGACCUCCAGACCCUCAGGAGCCUGUUGCAAGAGGAGAGCUACCGGAGCCGCAUCAACGAGAAGUCUGUGUGGUGCUGCGGCUGGCUGCCCUGCACGCCCCUGCGCAUCGCGGCCACUGCCGGCCACGGCAACUGCGUGGACUUCCUCAUCCGGAAGGGCGCCGAGGUGGACCUGGUGGACGUGAAGGGACAGACGGCCCUGUACGUGGCCGUGGUCAACGGACACCUGGAGAGCGCCCAGAUCCUCCUGGAGGCGGGCGCCGACCCCAACGGAAGCCGGCACCACCGGAGCACCCCGGUUUACCAUGCGUCUCGUGUGGGCAGGGCCGACAUACUGAAGGCCCUCAUCAGGUACGGCGCUGACGUCGACGUCAACCACCACAUGACGCCGGACAUCCAGCCCCCGUUCUCGCGGCGCCUCACCUCCUUGGUGGUCUGUCCCUUGUACAUCAGCGCGGCCUACCACAACCUGCAGUGCUUCAGGCUGCUCCUCCAGGCUGGGGCGAACCCCGACUUCAACUGCAACGGCCCUGUCAACACGCAGGGCUUCUACAGGGGCUCCCCCGGCUGCGUCCUGGAUGCUGUCCUGCGUCAUGGCUGUGAGGCGGCCUUCGUGAGCCUGCUCGUGGAGUUUGGCGCCAACGUGAACCUGGUGAAAUGGGAGUCCCUGGGCCCAGAGUCCAGAGGCAGAAGGAAGGUGGACCCCGAGGCCCUGCAGGUCUUCAGAGAAGCCAGAAGUGUCCCGAGGGCCUUGCUGAGUCUGUGCCGCGUGGCCGUGAGAAGAGCUCUUGGCAAAUACCGGCUCCAUCUGAUCCCCUCGCUGCCGCUGCCGGACCCCAUCAAGAAGUUCCUGCUGUACGAGUAGAAAGAAGCCAAGUGCAGGGUCGGCGGCGGUGAGGAAGAGGUGAUCGUGGCGGGAGCUGGGCCGACGCGUCCUGUCAACACCCCUGUGCUGACUGGAUCCCGUCUGGCUGUCGGUAAAGCGGCGACAAGGGCCUUGUCCUCAUGGAUUGUGAUCCCAUCUCAGGUACUUGGGGCACUGGACAGUGCUGGGGUCCUUACCAGCCGAGAGGCUCAUGCAGAACUUCACCUUGUCCUUCCUCACUCUCUCCAUUUGGGAUUUUCUCAGUGCACAUUAAUGCAACGGGCCUUGCUGUGAGUGCAAGCACGGGCUGAGGUCGGAGGCCUGCUGAGAUUCCCAGUAGGGAAGUCUAGCGCUUUCCAGAACUGUGCUUCUGUUUAUAGUUUUACUUCUCAAUUUAAUUAUUUGAGUCAAACCUUCGAAUACUUAAAAGAAAAGGGAGUUUUGGUAAAAAAGUGGAGUACAGAAACACUGUUCAUGAGCUUGCUAGUUUUUUCCCCGACGCCUGGGGUUGACAUGUGGCAUUUGUCACACACACCGCUUCCUUGCCAGUUCAGCCUUCUCUCCUUGUGGUGGGAGUGUCAUAUGAAUUGUCUUUAUUCGAGGAUGCUUUCCUGGCCGCAUGGGUUGGCUGUGUUGUCUCAGCGUCAGUCUGACACGGUAACGCUGAGUUCCGCAGCGCCCUGCUGUUCUGAUACCCAGCUGUGCCAGCCCCAUGCCCAGGUUCCGUGAGUUCUCUGCCACUCUACUUGGGAGCUUCCGGACAGUCACUGCCUUUAGAAGGUCACGCCAGACGCACCAGUGACCAACUGCCGACAUUUGGACCCAGGACUGCCCCUCAGCGUUCACUGCCAGUUCUCACAGGCGACACCUGCGGCGCUGUCUUCUGCGCCCCUCUCUUCUGCGCCCCGCGUGUGCCAGGAGGUGGGACUCACGUGUCCUCUGGAUGGGCCAGGCUUGCCGUUGCUCGGUGCCCAGGGGACAGUGCCUCUGGUGGCUGGGCGACUGCGCUACAUGUUUUGGGCCUCGUAUCUUGGUAGUUGCUCCUCGAAGCCAGGAAAGUGGCUAGCAGUGAGGUCGGAGGUCAUCCCCUGGCCUGCGGGAUUGCUGGGAGGGGCAGGGCUGAGCAGGAGAUCAUGUACUGUCCGGGGCUGUGGCCAGGGCUCACUGUCACCCGGCGGGCGGUGCCGCCAGCUGUGCCAGUGCCGCCUUGGGGGGCACUCCAGGAGCUGCCGCUUCCAGGGAAACCGUUCUGGUGACUCGAGGCCUCAGGACCACGUGUGGAGACAUGGUGGUUCGACUUUCAGAGUUUUCAGACCUGAGCAGAUUUCAAAUCUGGGUUUAGAUUUUCUGCAAUAAGAGAAAUGGAAUUUGUAACGAACAGAUGGUGUGGGUUUAUUUCAUUGUUACGUCCUCAUGUCUCAGCUGACCAGACAGGCCAUUCUGGUCGUUGCCUUCUGUGGCCUGAGGACAGAAUUGUAAACCUCGUGUCACGGUGGGCUCUGUGCUGGGAAGCCACGCUGACGUGUGCCUCACGACUGGGUCUGAGGGGGGACGUCCUCAGAUGACUUGGAGGGGGGCUGCAGUCAGUGGAGUCUCUCCCCAGUUACGAGCUCUGGCCGUGGGGUCAGUGGGGUGGCCCCUGAGGCCUGGCACUGGGCUGCGUGCAGCUCCGAAGGGCCGGGAGCCUGGUUGGCUGGGCUCCUGCAGAGUUCGGGCUCCGGCUGUGCCGUCAGGAGAGCCUGCUGACAGGAGAAGCGCUGUGGGUGGUGGGCGACUGGUGAAGGCCGUGCAGUCAGGGCGUCAGCCCAGGAGCAGGUUGAGCUGUGUUCAUUGUGGGGCCAGGACCACAGCUGGGCCGUGGCUGCGGCAGGAGCUGGGGAGCUAGGGCUCUGCCUGGGUACUGGGGGGGCUGCCCAUGGGUGGACGGGGCCCCUGGAGGGGACGUCAUGUCAUGGCACGUGGGUGAGCAUGGCACGUCACCUCCUUGGUAGGAUUGAGAGAGGUGUCGGGUGGGUGGUUAGCUCCCCUUACGUCUCAGCUUUCCCAGCUCUGAGUCCCCUCGUGCUGUCCUGGGGGCCCAGCUGAGUCA